AUGUUUCUUCUUCUUCUUUUUCCGUUUUUUUCUUCUUCUCUUUUUCUUUUUAAUAUUAUUCAUUCGCUCUUUUUUUUUCUUCACUUUAUUUCACACUCCUUCAUUCGUUCUCUUUUUUUCUGCAACCUUUGCUUGCAUAUACCAUUUAUUUUUUUUGUUUUCAUUUUAUCGCUUCUUUCUCACUUCUUUUUCAAUUUUUACGUCUUUUUGCAGUUAGGCAUGUUUUCCCCUUUUCCUCCUGACCUUCUCUCAGAGUGUCUCUCUUUCCUUCUUUCUUUCUUUCCUUCUUUCUUUCUUUCUUUUCUCUUCGUCUUUGUUUUUUUCUUUCUUCACACUAAGCCAAUUCGUAUAGAACCUUAUCUAUCUAUCUAUCUAUCUAUCUAUCUAUCUAUCUAUCUAUCUAUCUAUCCCAUCAUCAGUAUAGAACCUUUUUUCGUCAUCUCUUUUCUGUCUAUUAUUUUUUCCCAGCUGGCAUUUUUCUUUCUUUUCACAACUUUCCUCGCCUUUCACUUCAUCGCCGAAUCAUCUUCGCCCUCGUCCACUGUCCAGCACCACUUUUUUUUAUUUCAAUUUUCUCCUUUUUGCGUAGUUUUUUUCUUUUCGUUUUUUCUUUCUUUUUCGUCUCAUUUUUUUCUUUUUUCUUUUUCGCUUCAAAUUUUCUUUCAUUUUCAGCUCUAUCUAUCUAUCUAUCUAUCUAUAUAUCUAUCUAUCUAUCUAUAA